AUGUCAUAUCCCGACGCUAUAGGUGGAUCUCGUUCGCGAUCACCUCCACCUCCGCCAAGGGAGUAUCCUCCACCUGGCGAGAGAGAACUCGAAGACCGGUCAGGGUUCAGUAGAGGAGGAUUUGCUCCACUACCUCAUCGACAUUCUGAUCUACCCCCUAUCCCUCCUCCGCCAACUAGAUUUGAGAGAGACGAUUAUGAUCGUGGUAGGAGGGAAUUCCCGAGGCGAGAUCUAGACCCAGAACCAGAGGAUAGGUAUGAAAGGAGGGAGUGGGAUGAUUACAGUAGAGGAAGAGGAGGUAGUCAUUGGGAAGAUGAUUACGAUCGACCUAAAAGAAGACGUUCACCUUCACCUCUUGGACCUUCGCAUCGACCGAGACAUCACUCCCCUUCACCACCUCGAUAUUCACUCAAUCUUCCAGACCCAGCCUCAAUAGAGACUCUACUAUCCUUUCGUCAUUUCGCAGAAUGGUUUCGAGCUUCCCAUCCUCAGACUGCCAAGGCAGACGAAGAAGAAACAAGACGUCAUAGAGAGUUGAUUGAAUCGGGAACCGCUACCGAAGCCGAAGCAAAAGAGAAGGUUGGAAUGGCAAAAAGAUAUGAAAGGUAUAGGAAGGAAUUUCUUUCUCGUCAGUUGUAUGCUCUUUUCUUGACUCAUAAAGAUUCGAUCUGGUUUCAAGAACGAUAUUCACAUCUACCCGAGUUUGUUUCUUUCCGAAGGCGACUAAAUCGUCAAGGGCGGGUCCCAUUGGCAGAAAAACAUCUGGAUGAAUUGAGAUCUGGAGUCUGGGAUACGGUUGAAUUCGACAUAUCCGAAGCUGAGCACAAACGAACGGACAAGUCUCGACUGAACGAUCAUGAUGAGCCUGAAGGUUUAGAUAGAGCAUUGGGUGAAGGUGGAAGCUGGGUCGGAGAUGACACAUUACGAGCAGAAAUUGCACCAAAACCUAAACAAGUUUUCGUGAAGACUGCGCCUCCUACAACCAGUCGAAAGGAACUGGAAGAGCUCUUCGCAAGGAUACCAGGCUUUCAAUGGCUUGCUCUCUCUGAACCCGCUCAGAAAAAGUCCUUCCAUCGCGUCGCUUGGGCUCAAUAUGCAGAUGAUGUAGAUAUUGGGGAAGUAAUUAACAAGCUGGAUGGACAGAAGAUUGACGGAUUCACAUUCCAUAUGUCGGUCAAUUCCACCCCAACCAUAGGUAGACUGAGAGUCACACCUCCUGUCUCUAACACCCUCUCUCGCCUGCUGCAUGAUGGUCAACGAGCGAAAGCUUUGGCUCUUAAACUGGAAGAAGAAUUAUUAGGCGAUGAUGAGGAUGAAGACGAAAAGCCAGAGACGGAAGGAGAAGUCUCGGUGCCUAAGGCUGAGAAUGGGGAGAAGAAAGUUCCAGGUUUGAGAGAAAAAGUCAGUGAUAUAGUUGAGGAGACCAUUGUCCGGCUGCUCGAAGUUAAUGGAUUAGUCGGAGAGAAUCUGGAUGCGGAAAGAUCGAUCCACAAAGCUAAAAUAACUCUAGAUCAAUGGCUUGCUUAUCUCCGACAUGGUUUGGCAACAUGUUAUUACUGCGUAGCGCCGAUGUCAUUUGUUGAAGAAUUACACCGAAAAUGUAUUGGACAUAUGAGACCUCAUCCCAGUGUCAAGUCUGAGGAAGUUGAUGUCCCCACCGAAACCAAUGGAGGAGCAACUAGUGGCGCAGCAGCGGAUAUCUCAGCUCCUGAAGCAGAAGCAGAAGCAGAGGAAGAUGGACAGGCUGAAGGUGGCGAUGAAGAUCGUGAAUUGAGAGAAACAGAAGUACCUUCUUCUGAGCAAAGUAAACCUGCCAAUGUCGAUAAUAACGGAAGUAGAGAACAAGGCAAGAAACAAUUUUUCCCUCAGAAAACUCAGGAUGAGAAAUGGGCGGAAGGGUUGGAGAACAAGAUCAAACCUUUAUUGGAAGAUGUCGAUGUGAUAGAUUAUGGCGGAAGGGAUCCAGAAGCUGAAACAAAGAAACUAUGCGCUCCUCUCAUCAAACAAGAAGAGGCUAGCAAAUACCGAUGUAAAGAUUGUAACAAGCUUUUCAGGGCUCCAGAAUUUGUUAUCAAACAUAUCUUGGUAAAACAUCCUGAAGUAACCAAACCUAAAGUUGAUGAUAUCCUCACACUCAACAAUUACGUGCUCGAUCCACAACAUCUACAACCUACCUUGUCUACACCAGCAGCGGUUGAUGAUCGCCUCCUAUCAUCAAUACCAGGUGCCGGUAUGAAUAAUCCAAUGAUGAUGGCUGUCAACCCAGCACUUGCACCCAUGUCAAAUCAACAAAUGUUCGAUCCAUCAGGAAAUAUGGGAAUGAUGCAACAGCAAAUGAUGAUGAUGAUGCAAAUGCAACAAGCAAUGUUAAUGGGAAAUAUGAAUAUGAUGCCAAACAUGAAUCCGACGUCAACAGGAGGAUCAGGAGGAGGCGGAAGAGAAGGCAACAAUUUAGCUUCUAGAAUGGGUGGAUAUGCCGGUGGAAGGGAAGGUGGCUCCGAUACUUUACCUCCUCCUCCUCCGGGUGGUGAAGAUCCAAGAGCAAGAAGGGGUAGAGUCAGUUAUACAGAUUUAGAUGAACCCUCAGCAGCAGGUGGCGGUGGUUUACCUUAUUAG